AUGACUUGGUUUUGUAUGAUCGCUCUAACUAUUACAAGUUCUACACAGAAUGAUCCAUUCGUUGAUUACGUCCUCUCUCAACACAAACGAGUCUGCAAAGCAGACAGGUUAUGUAGCUUUAACGAAACAAGGUGGUCUGGCGCUGGAUGCAGAGUUUGCCCACCGUGUCAGUGUGAUAAUGACUGCAGGCGGUUUGGCGAUUGCUGUCCAGACGUAUCACCAGCUCUGACAGAAACACAGAACAGGACAACGCAAGAGUUACGAUACUUCUGUCAAGAUAACGCUUUUAAAAUACCGCCGAACAAACGAAACCUGUUCUUCUUCUCCAUUGCCAAGUGCUCAUUGUUUGCAGAUCCGCUGCUAGUGACGCUAUGUGACUCCCCGAACAGGACGGAUCCUUACAUGAGCAGACCAGUGACGUCUACAGUUUCAGGGGAAGUCUACAGGAAUAAGUUCUGUGCUGAGUGCAAUGGAGAACUGAGUUACAUACCAUGGCAGAUCAGGGUGAACUGUUCGGUUCCGGUUGCAGUUCCACCAGAGAUUUCAUCCAGUGACAUUUUGCAGUACUUUGUCCAGCGUAAAGAAUGCUCGAUUUUGUACAAUCGACCACAAUCCACGCUGUUAAGAAUCUGCUAUGUGAGUUCUGAAAAGCUAAUCAGUACUUGCAAUGAGACUGGACUGUGGGAAAAUCAGGAUGAUUUAACAGAGAGGGCAUGCGCGUCAUAUUAUAACCCCCUGUUCAUAAGGCGCAAAGGGUACAAGAACAUAUUCUGUUUCUACUGCAACACAAGGCCCCGCUCGUCGAUGUUUAAGUUCUGUCUGUUCGACACACCGUAUCCGUUCUCGGUACUGAUGGAUCCUGGAACCGCAGAGACAAUCAUCGCCAAAGCUAAACGGAGCUGUCAGUGCAAGGACAAUGAAGUGUAUGACAGAUUUAAGAAAAUAUGUCGACCAGUGAUGUGCUCAUCUGGCCGUAAGCAAGACGGAACGAAAUGCGUGUCUGGUUACACUUCAACCAAAGGGUCUCCCUUCUCCUUCGAGGUCGUCCUAACACCCACGGACCACAUCUCUACAGGGUCAGUAGCAACAGAAUGGAUGGAAUCCCUUGCGUCCAACACAACAGCAGCAUUGAAAGCAAAGACAAAAAACCACAAAAUACAAAUUCACAGGCUCUGUCUGCGCUCGAUCAUGAAAGUUAACGAGACUCAAAUACUCAAACUUUUCUUUCUGGUUAAAUUUGUUCUGCUUUCACGAAAUAAACAUGAUGAUUUGGAAAAGCUGUUAAUAGAUAUUCAAAAUUCCCAAUGGACCAUUCCUUUCCAGAAAAAGUUUGUAAACAUGUCGUCUGCUAGCAGUCUAACGCUAACUAAUUCUGACAUAAUUUACCACCGCACGGCUGUCGGUACAGUUGUGCAAAAUUAUAUAUAUGGCCAACAUUCGUGGACGUACGCUAAAAUAAUCCCACACCAAAUAGGUCGACGAUUAUCCAGAGAACCUCGAAACUACACCAAGAUUACAGCCACACUCCUUUGCCCGCUGAUGCUGCUGGACCCGAACGAAACAAAAAACUAUUCACAAUUAGACCACACACUCUUGUUGCUGGUUCGCAAUAGAACCUUGACGUCGGAUGAAUUUACUACUUCAGCUGAUGGUACAAUUAGCAUCUGCCAGGACAUCAUAGCAGGCACCAAGACAUGUUUAUUGUUGCCACCAGAAGCUAUAUUUUCCAAAGCGUAUAUCAUUGUGUCCACCACCUGUCAAAGCAUAUCUCUCGCAUGCCUCAUUGUGACGUUCGCUGUAUUCUGUUUGUGCCCAGCACUACGUACACUGCCUGGUAAGACGACAAUGGGACUGAUCCUGACCUUAUUAAUCACCGUUGGCCUGAACCUGUUUGGCAUAUCGCGAGUCGAACACUCACUCCUUUGCAAGGUCAUUGGUAUUCUUAAUCACUUCUUUUUGUUGAGUUCCUUCACCUGGAUGGGGAUAUGCUCGUUCCACAUGUACUGGGUGUUCAAAGAUGUGUUAAUGCCUAGGAAAUCGGUAUCUGGCGAAAGGAAGCUAUUUGGUCUCUAUUUGUUAGCUAGUAUUCUUGUCCCAUUUCUCAUCAACUUGACUGUUCUUGGAAUCAAUUACGCCAUACACGGAGCAAACGACAUCGGCUAUGGAAAAUCUCUGUGCUAUAUAUCCAACUUCUAUAGCAUAAUAAUGGGCCUCCUUGUUCCAGUCGCGAUAGUUGUACUUUUUAACGGUGUCCUGUUCAUUUUAACAAUCAAUUCUCUGAGAAAAAUGUCGCUUGAACACGAGAAUCUAACUGGUAAGAAAGAGAACGUGUACUUGUAUAUCAAGCUAUCCAGUCUGACCGGAUUGAACUGGUUGUUUGCAUUUGUUGCGCCUCUUACGGGCAUCCAGGAGCUGUGGUACGUGUUUGUAGUGUUAUGUGGACUACAAGGAUUCUACAUCUUCCUGGCAUUUGUUUGCAACAGACGGGUUUUUACUUUGUUGGCAGAAGUGUGCCAAGGGAACGGGAAACAACCAGGACAGUCCCAGAGGACCUCGUCCACCACCAGAAGCUCGGAGACUUCAUCGAAGACAUCGUCUAAGUCAUCCUCCAGGACGAGCCCCUCAGUUGUAUCAAGAAUUACCGACAGUACGAAAAGUUGUGAGCAAAAUAACAUUGAAAACGAAGAUGUUAUAGCAGACAAAUAUACCGAAUCUAUUCAUUUAUAAAACACUAGAAGUUGCAAGUAAAGAGAUAAUAUAUAUAUAUGACUGACACUGCGCAUAAGCUAUACACAUAGCACCAUUUUGUAAAUUAGUUUAAAAAAAAAAAAGAUUAUGUAUUUCAAAAACUUGAUGUAAGACAGAUGUGUUAUUUAUAGAAGAAACGUUUUUAACUAUCUCAUUCGAGUCAUCUUAACUCUGUGGUAAAUACUAUUUAGAAAAUGCUAUACAAACAAACAUUAUCAAACACAAAGAAAUAGACAUGUGAAUGCACACCCAAUUGAUACAAACGUAAAGAUAUCUUUAAGAAUGAAACAAUUUUGAAAGGACAUGUAUAUUUGGGUGAAUUUCACGAAACCUGGCAACUUGUUGCCACUCACGUGCUUAGCUCGCUGUAUUGGACACACACCUCAGAUAUCUGGGAUGUCCAUCUUGGACAACUGUCCGUAGUUAGAGAAUAGUGAGAGAAACAGAGGUAGUGGCUUUAUGCCUACCCACUGAGUCAUUCAACUCAGCCUGAAUGAUAUUCAGUACUGAGAUAAAGCUUUUAAAUUAUUAUUAUUAUUUUUUUUGUUAUUAGUAUUUUCAGUACUGAGAUAAAGUUUGUUUUGUUCAUUGACA